CUGACGCCAUUUACAGCCCAAAUCUUCACCUCCUCUCCGGAAAGAGCAGGAAAAAAAAACAGUCACACUUUCAGAAGAAGUACUUGCGACCUCUCAGAGCUUUGCGGAUCCCCCCCCCCCAAAAAAAAAAAAAAAAAAUUGGGGACAUAUUGCUUCGCCUUUACUUCGUCUUCUUCUCCAUUUUUGUUGCAGGAACAAAACAAAAAAAGUGGAGCCAGGCGAAGUUGGCAGUGCGGCGGAGGCUCGUCGACUCCAAUGCCUCGUGCUCUUGCGCAUAGAGAAUAAAUAACGUUUGCGUCUUUGCGCCGCGUCUGAACGCAACAAUGCGCUGCGCCUGGAAACUUUCUCGAUGGAGUUUACCGACGGCUUCCCCGACUGAGCUGCUCGUGUGAGGAAUACUCUCUCUCUCUCUCUCCCUCUCUCCAACUGGAUUAAUUUCACCGACACGGGGACUAACGCGUCGGGAGCACGGACUUCAGAUGUGUCCCUUGCCAGCCAGAGAGGCCCUUCAGUCCCGAGAUGGAUUCCACAAGUCAGAACGACAGCGACGGGGGAGGAGGACACCACGGGCAGUCACAGUCGCCGACGAGCUCGCCGGGCACACCGCAUGACGAAGGGAGACCGCAAACUCGCGACGUUCCCCCGGAUCCCGGGCCAAACAACAGGCAGCCGCCCCAGGCUCCAGCAGUGCUAUCUCUGGAUCAGAUUAGGAUAACUGGGAGUUGUAAUGAGUAUACAGACGGGCCAACGGUGGCCCAGAGGUCUCCAGCCUCUCUGCAAAGGCAACAGAAGAACGACAUGGCGCCGUUGGCUGGCUCAAGGACAAGCGUGCAGCAGGAGACUCGGGAAGAGAGGCCUAAUAAUCUCCACAACUCGCAUUCAUUGACUCAGCACGGUAACACAAACGCCUCCAUCUCCUCCAGGGAGGAGGGCGCGUUGCGGUCCUCCAGCGCAGAGGAAUCUCAGAGCAGCAUCAGGACCAGCGUGGGGAGCACUUCUUCAGGCCAGAGGCUCGCCGGCGGCCCGGCGUACGGCGACCACAUCGUCAGAACCCAGCCGAAAAGGGCGGAGCUGAAUUUGGAGGAGUUGAAACCCCUGAACGCCGAGUCCAGGGCGGUGGUGGCCGUGCCGGGCAGCGGGAGCCGCAAAGAUCCGGGCAAACACUCCAACAAGUGCGAGCGCUGCGGCCGGUGCCAGUGUUCGGAGUGCACUUGCCCGCGGGCGCUCCCCUCCUGCUGGACGUGCGGCCGGCGGUGCGUGUGCUCGGCGCAGAACGCGGUGGAGUACGGGACGUGCGUGUGCUGCGUCAAGGCGCUCUUCUACCACUGCUCCAGCGACGACGAGGACACGUGCGCCGACAAGCCCUUCUCGUGCACGCAGUCCCACUGCUGCGCCCGCUGGACCGCCGUGUCGCUCCUCGCCCUGCUCUUCCCCUGUCUCCUCUGCUACCUCCCGGCCAAAGGUUGUGUCGCUGUGUGCCAGAGCUGCUAUGACCGAGUCACGCGACCCGGCUGUCGGUGCAAGAACACAAAACCGGACCACUGCGCCGACGCUGGCAAGCAAACGUAGACGAGGUGUUCCGCGUGUGUGUGUCGAAAUGCAGAAGGAUGGAGAGACGUUGGACCGAUCGAUGUUUUGUCCCCGUAGCUAUUUGUUGAGGUUUGCUUCAGAAGCGAAGGAUGCUGGUUGCGUUUGUUUUAUUUUUGUGUUUUCCAUCGCUCCCCCCGACCAGGUCUGUUCUGGAAGGCGCGUUCGCUGCCCCCUCAGCAUUAUGAGUUCCACUUGAACCAAAUCGAGCGCUCCGCAUGUUUAAAGGUAUGAAGACAUAUUCAACUACUGUUUUGUCCCUGAAAAAUAGUCAUUUGGCCAGAUAUGGAGUUGUUGCUACGAGCGUCCAAAUGACCAGCUCUUCCGUUUAACAUUUAAUACAAUGUAUAUGCUAAGAACAGACGCCUGUUACUAACUGUAUGUAAAGUAGUAAUUCAAAGGGUUUGUACAUUAGAAAAUGAGUUUUAUUUUUGUACAUAUAAUAAUACUUCAACUGUGAAACGUUUUCUGCCAUACCAGAGGCACCUUGCUCAAUUCACAUUUAUAUAAACCAGUAAACUUCAUUCAUAAUAUUUGUAUUAUUUUUUUUUUUUUACAUUCACUGGAAUGUAUAUCAAUCAAUUUAUAUGUGAUUUACAAAGGAAAAGUCUUAUCCCUUCUACUUGUAAAUUGUACAGUGACCUUUUAUGGGGAGAAAAAUAUUUUCUAAUUCCAACAUUGCUUAGUGUAAAGUUAAAAAAGUAUAUAUUUAUUUGGAGGUUUAUUAUUUUAUAAUGAAAAAUAUUUAUUUUGGGCAUUGUUAAGUGUGUCACCUGUCUGUUUCUUUGGGGGGGAGACUGUUGUGUAGUCGCUGCAGACUGGAGGUGACCUGUAGGAGUGUCAACGCUGGAUGAAUAGUUCACUAUGAAUUAGAAGACGAAAUAUAUUAACGUUUGAAAUUAAACAACCUUGAAGUCUG